GUACUCCAGGGUUUUAUUUUUAUCUAACUGACGCCCGCAGAUGAGCACGAGGAGUGACGACCUCACGCCACCGACCUGCGCCUUUUGUUGUCAAUAUCUAGAUCGAUAACUCACCGUCUAUCAGAGCAACUUGAGAGUUCUUGGGGGUGACCGCAGGGGGAUACAUAUCUUAUAUAUAUGUACUCGUACCUUCACGGUACAGAACAAGCUGAGCAUUGAAAGAUAGGAGGCAAGCUGUGGUUCACAGUCUUUGGAAGAUGCCGUUAGGAUUCAAUAAUCCGCUUCCUUCCUCACUGGCGAGUGAAUGUCGGAAAGCCAGCAAGAUCCUAGUCUCAUUUAUUGACCCGUCGGAGUCGUUUGGACCUGAGAAGGUCAUUCCGCCAGAGAUUCUCGGCCAUGCAAAGGGUCUGGCAAUCCUUACUGUGGUAAAGGCCGGCUUCGUGGGCUCGGCUCGAUUUGGAUCCGGUGUCGUUGUUGCUCGGCUUGGAGACGGGUCGUGGUCUGCUCCAUCUGCCAUCACAACCGCGGGAGCCGGCUUUGGCGGCCAGCUCGGCUUCGAGUUUACCGAUUUUGUGUUUAUACUCAACGACUCGGCGGCGGUCCGUACGUUCAGCCAGGCUGGCUCGAUAACACUGGGAGGAAAUGUCUCGGUUGCAGCUGGACCCGUGGGCAGGAACGCCGAAGCUGCUGGUGCGGCGAGCAUGAAGGGAGUGGCGGGCGUAUUCUCAUAUUCCAAGACCAAGGGCCUGUUUGCGGGCGUGAGUCUGGAAGGAAGCGUGCUGAUUGAGCGGAAGGACGCGAAUGCGAGAAUGUACAACUCGAACAUAUCGGCCAGCCAGUUGCUCAGCGGUGCUGUACCCCCGCCGCCUGGUGCAGAGCCGCUAAUGGCAGUUCUCAGGUCGAGGGCAUUCUCGGGACGGUACGGUACUACAUACGCAGAGAGGAUGUACAACGACGUCCCUGUCUAUGACGACAGACAUGUUCCGGGCAUGGGAUAUGAGGGCAGAAACCGGGCUGCUUCGACCAGCGACUACCAGUACAGUGACCGGCCGCAGCGUCACAAUACAUGGCAGGACAACGUCCAUGACCGACAGUCUACCGGGCUGAAUCGAGCGAACACUGUAGCGGGGCGUGCCAACCCGAACGAGACGUUUGAUAGCUUCGGCCAGAGCCAGCGGGGAGUAGCAGGGGCGUUUGAUGGCCGCCCCGCCCGUCCGACGGCCCCGAAACCUGUCUUUGGACAGAAACCACAGUUGGGCAAGGAUCAGGCCUUAGCUCUCUUCACCUUUGAUGCCGACCAGGAAGGGGAUCUAGGGUUUAAGAAGGGGGAGAUUAUCACCAUCGUGAAGCGGACAGAGAAGCAGGACGACUGGUGGACGGGCAGGAUUGGAAGCAGAGUCGGUAUUUUCCCGAGCAACUAUGUUGAAGCCGGAAAGUAACCAUCACUCACCACUGCCGCCGUUCUGCUUCAUCCUUCUUCUCCCAUUCUCUUGUUUGACAGCAAUAGACCGUCAUCUCUCCCACGAGCUGCCUUUUCCAUCCCUGCCGCGAUGAAUGUAUGGCUCCCCCGUCCUUUCUUGCUUUUUCAUUUCCUUUGCAGGCGUUGUUCUUCUCUCCGUCUAGUCCGAGUUGCCCUCCAUGUACCUACCUGUCUAUCAUAUACAUAAAUACACACACACACA